AUGGAGGAAAAAUCCGAAAAGGCACCUGUUGAAACCAGCUCGGAGGAGAAAGACCUACAGUUUGGCAGUAUCACCGAUCUUGAUGAGGGUGAAGUUUUCCUCCACGAGAAUGGAUUUUCAAACGACACCAUUCGGGAACUCCUAGACGAUGCCGAGCGCAACAAAGCACUUGUCCGUCGAGUGGAUCUUGUAUUGUUACCCCUGCUUGCCGGUACAUAUGUUCUUCAGUAUAUCGACAAGUCAGCACUGGCAUACUCGGCAGUCUUUGACCUGUUUACUUCAACUCACAUGUCAAGCAAUCAAUAUAGUUGGUUGGCUAGUAUUUUCUACUUGGCUUAUCUCAUAUCCGAGUAUCCGUGGAAUAUUCUGGCACAGAAGACCAAAUUAGGAAAAGUCAUUUCAUGCAAUAUUAUUGCUUGGGGCUCAAUGCUUAUGAUAACCGCUGCUUGCUCGUCCUUUACAGGCAUGGCAAUCUGUCGCUUUCUCCUCGGUAUAUUUGAAGCACCUAUCACGCCUUGUUUUAUGAUGAUUGUAGGCAUGUGGUACACGAGAGAACAGCAACCAUUCCGUGCAGGCAUUUUUUACAGCUGCAAUGGGCUCGGUGCCAUCCUGGGUGGAAUUAUAACCUUUGGGAUUGGCCAGAUUCAGACAAUUUCAGUCUGGAGAGCUAUAUACCUGAUACUCGGUGGCGUGACCGUCGCUUGGGGCAUUGUGAUGUUUCUGUUCCUACCAGAUGAUAUUAUCUCUGCGAAGCGCUUCAAGUUGGAAGACAAGGCCCUUCUGAUUGGUCGCAAUCGUCUCGGCAGGACAGGGGUGAUUAAUCGUCAAGUCAAAUGGUAUCAGAUCCGAGAGGCCUUGAUUGAUCCUCAAGUCUGGAUCUUGUUUAUGUUCACUCUAUGCAACGAGGUUAUUAACGGUGGUAUUGCAAAUUUUGGUAAGCUAAUUAUCAAAGGGUUGACAGACGAUCCAUUGAAGACGACGGCCUUGGGAAUUCCUAUGGGUGGAUUCCAAGUGUUCUAUAUCCUGUCUGGUACAUUUGUUGCCUCGUAUCUCCACAACUCUCGUACCAUUAUUAUGGCGAUUUAUCUGAUACCCACCAUAAUGGGGACUUGCUUAAUAUGGAAACUGUCUCAUGAAACUCAUAAAGUCGGCGUACUUUUUGGCUACUACAUUGUUGGUGCAUUUGUUUGCUCGUUGGUUCUUUCGCUACAAAUGCCAGCCACAAAUUUGGGAGGAUAUACGAAGCGAAGUACCGGGGUUGCUCUGGUAUUUCUCGCAUAUUGCGCUGGAAACAUCAUUGGACCUCAUGCAUUCCUUGCAAAAGAAGCACCGCUGUACCAGACAGGGUGCAAAGUUAUCCUUGCCUGCGCCUCGGCUCAAAUCGCUCUAGCUAUCUGCCUACGAAUUUUGCUUAUUCGUCGGAACAAGAUAAGAGAUAUGGCAGCAAGAAACCACGAGGGAGCUGGCAUUCAAUCGGAAUAUGACGAGUUGGCUGAUUUGACCGAUUUUGAGGCAAGUAAAAUUCGCACUCAGUUUGCGGACCCUCGCUAA